AACCACCUUCAGGAGGAGACCGUGUGGAACAGUCGGGCGAACUUUAUGGGCAUUUCUACAGACCUCAGGAAAGCCUUGUAUUGCACCUUUUCCUGGUGGCCUUCUGGUGAGUUAACAAGGCGUGUGUUUGGACUCACCUGCUCYCCCCUGUGAUCUCGGAACCCCCAGAAGACCCCCUCACCCCCUCCGAAGACAGAUUGUGAAUCAUGGUUAUAGAGAAGCUCCUGCAUUUCGGGAAGCAGUUGCUCAGGGUGAAAGUGGUCAACUCCAACUCGGAGGACUCCCGUCUGUCUCGAUGUCUCAACACCUUUGACCUGGUAGCGCUGGGUGUUGGAAGCACGUUGGGCGCUGGCGUUUACGUGCUGGCCGGUGCUGUGGCCCGAGAUAAUUCAGGUCCGGCUAUUGUGCUGUGUUUCCUGAUAGCAGCCUUAGCCUCAGUGUUGGCUGGCCUGUGCUAUGCUGAGUUUGGAGCUCGUGUCCCCAAGACUGGCUCUGCCUAUCUUUACUCCUAUGUGACUGUAGGCGAACUCUGGGCCUUUAUCACCGGAUGGAACCUCAUCCUCUCCUACAUCAUUGGUACAUCCAGUGUGGCCCGUGCGUGGAGCGCCACCUUCGAUGAGUUGGUAGGGAAACGUAUAGAGCUGUUCUGCAGAGAGUACAUGUCCAUGAAUGCACCAGGUGUACUGGCAGAGUAUCCUGACAUGUUCGCUGUUCUCAUCAUAUUUAUUCUUACAGGUCUAUUGGCAUUUGGAGUUAAAGAGUCAGCAAUGGUGAACAAGAUUUUUACAUGUGUCAACGUCAUAGUUCUGCUGUUCAUGGUGGUCUCAGGCCUGGUCAAAGGCACGUUGAAGAACUGGCAACUGGAUCCUGAGGAGAUCCUUCAUGCCAAUUAUACAAACAACUCAAAUCACUCGAACCUUACUGACAUUUUGCCCAGCAAAGAGAGUUUAGGAGUCGGUGGCUUCAUGCCUUUUGGUAUUUCAGGUGUGCUCUCAGGAGCUGCUACUUGUUUUUAUGCCUUCGUAGGAUUUGACUGCAUUGCCACUACAGGUGAGGAGGUGAAAAACCCACAAAGAGCCAUUCCUAUUGGCAUCGUGUCCUCGCUGCUCAUUUGCUUCGUAGCCUACUUCGGUGUUUCUGCCGCCCUCACCCUCAUGAUGCCGUACUAUCUUCUGGACAGCAACAGCCCCCUGCCAGUAGCUUUUAAGUAUGUGGGCUGGGGUGGAGCCAAAUACGCAGUAGCUGUGGGCUCUCUUUGUGCUCUGUCCACCAGCCUGCUGGGUGCUAUGUUCCCUAUUCCUCGUGUUCUGUGGGCUAUGGCUGAAGACGGGCUGCUUUUCAAGUUCAUGGCCGAGAUCAGCCCGCGCACCAAAACCCCGCUAAACGCAACCUUCGCCUCUGGCGCAGGGGCAGCAAUCAUGGCAUUUCUGUUUGACCUGAAGGACCUGGUGGACCUGAUGUCUAUAGGUACCCUGCUGGCCUAUACAUUAGUAGCAGCCUGCGUACUGGUGCUCAGAUACCAGCCCGAGCACCCCAGCCCGGUGUACCACAUGGCCAACAUCCACGAAGAGCCAGAUUUGGUUGAUGGCAUCAGUGUCCCCAGUAUGGGUAUCCUGCCUGGAGUGGAGGAGAGGUUCAGCUUCGUGACUCUGCUGUUCCCAAACAACCCUGAGCCAUCCACAUUGUCAGGCUUCAAUGUCAAUGUUUGYACCUCUGUCUUGGGAACGUUGAUCCUGGCGUUCAGUAUAUUGGCGGUGCAGGGAGGGAUCGUCCUGUGGAACCUCAUAGCCCUUAGCGUCAUCUUCAUAGUGUGUCUCCUUCUCGUCUUUGUCAUAUGGAGACAGCCUGAAAGCAAAACAAAGCUUUCCUUCAAGGUUCCCCUGGUGCCGUUCAUCCCAGUGAUCAGCAUGUUUGUUAAUGUCUACCUGAUGAUGCAGCUGGAUCGAGGCACUUGGGUUAGAUUUUCAGUCUGGAUGGCUAUAGGUUUAGCGAUCUACUUCUGCUAUGGCAUUCACCACAGCUCCGAGGCAGCUUUGGCCCACCCCUCUAUAGAGACCGAGAUGAACGGCUUCAAGCUCAGUCGCGAACUGGAUGCCAUGUUGACGGAAAAAGAGGCCUUUCUCCACGAUGGCAUUGACGUUAGGGAAGAACACGAUGGGGAUUUGUAGCGAGUGUUAGYGACACCAGUCUGUUUGUGUAGGAGGGUUUUUUUUCUGUCAGUCCACUCCUCCUUCACUGGUGGUGCUCCAUUUAGUGAAAAGCUUAGAUAAACAACCUAUGACUUUUCCAUUCAGCUGCUCCUCAGAACACAGACAGCAAGUGAUGCUCCUCAUGUCAAAGCAGACUUCUACAGCCAUAAUUGAAAUAUUCUGCACUGUCAAUAUUUUGCUGGUUUAUUAUCUCUUUUGCUUGGCCUCUGUUUCAGCUGCUCAUUAUCGCUUGGCUGUCUGUGGAGCUGUGGGGGUGGGGCUCGUAUUGUAGACACGGAAUGUGGUAGUGUUUAAUGAGGGUUCAGAGACGGGGCAAGACCAUGUUAAAUCUCUCUUCACGUUGGGGUUUUAUUUACUUCUUUCGAGUGUGUCUGGGUUACAUUGCUGGCAGUAGGACUGGACCCAGAUGUCUGGGUGCCAGAAACGUCUGCAGUAAUAGUUUUGUAUUUUGCUUUUGUCUGAUAAAAGAUGUGUGUACAUAUUUGAAACCAUGUCAGUACUAGAAACAAGUUGGUAACAGUGCUUAAAUUCUCUGAAACCAGUCUUAGGAGCCAUCAGCUUUUGUCUGAAGACUUAAGCUUUGGGAGACAAAUAGGCCUGUCUCAAUAAGCAAUAAAUGAAUUAAUCACACAAUAAGUUAAAAUGAAGUCAAUAAAUUAAAAAUAGGUCAAUAAUUUCCAUUUAUUCUGUUUGUUUUCUACGUCUCCAUCUUUUCUAUGCGUUAGUGUAAGGAGUGAACUCUCGCGUCGGGUAUUUUCCAGGUGCAUGGUCUCGUAACCUCUAUAGCAUGAGAGCCCAGUGGACAGACAUUUAGCUAGACGAGAAUCUUCGGUUCGCUGUUGAUGCCUCAGGACGCCUCCAGGGAAUCAUGCCGAACUUCAUGUUCUCAAAGAGUUUUUAUUUUUUACACUACAUARACUUGUGCAAACUUUGUAAGMAGCAUGCGGAAAAACCACAAUUAUUUUAUGAAGCCAGAGGAAGACAAAUAAAGAAUAAGUUGCGCUGGCUUGGGUAGAGGAGGUGGGGAGUGAUUUUACAGCUUCUGCAGCUGYUGUUGUGUUGUUUUCCCAAUCUCUGGUCCAAGCCAGUUUGUGACCUUUUUUACAUGAAUUUUGCUACGUAAGCGUGCAGGGGUAUCAUUUAAUUAGUUUAAAAUAGUCUCCAAACCAAAUUAUUGUUCAUAGCAAUAAGUUCUGAGACAAUUUGUCAUCCARCAAAAUUAGUAUUGUGACAGGCCUAGGCACAACUACCAAAGCUGAGUCAUUAGACAACAGCCAGUGGUUUAAAGAUGCUGUUUCAUUCAAAGUGUUUUAAUGUCUUUUGUUCUUUGUUGGUUUAUGUAAUGUUAACCAAAGCCCAAUGAAAUGUGAUCUGUCAGUUCUACAAAAUAACAAAMAGAAAGCACAGCCGAGUUAAAAAUAUUAUUUUCUGUUGCAUGUAAAUUGAGCAUAUUCAUCAGCAGAUGUCUUAUUGAAGAACAUACAAUAAGCCUAACGUCAGUCGUCACAGGUAAGUUGAAUAAGUACAAUGAUCUUAAACUUAACAGGAAUGUUUGUCAGGUAURGUUACACAUUUUCACAGUGCUGGCUGCUGUUAAAAAGUAAAACAAGCAAACAUUUUGCCAACUGUCCUAGUAUUUCCAUCUGGAAGUAUACGUAAUGUUAUCAAUUUGACAUUCUUCUUUUUUUCUUUUUCCUUUUUUUUUUUGUAUCAAUGUGUUUUACCCAUGAUCUAAAAAUAUCACUUGUAUCCAAAUGAUUCAGUUUAAUGUACUUUACAAUAAAUCAAUACCCUCAAAACAUCUAAGAUAAAGAAUUUGGUACAAAUCUGUAUUUUUUUCUAUUCAUUUUUUUUGUCAUUAAAAUAAAAAUGCCAACCCUUUGUGAA